UUGCUAACAACCUGCUGCCUACAACUUCACCUCUGCUCUGUCGCUUCAUGCGUUUCCAGCUGUGAUGUUCGUGACGCGUGUGAGUGUGGAUGAAGUGUGGGUGAAUGAAUGAGUGAGUGAAUGAAUAAAUGAGUGAGUGAACGAACGAACUUUGAGCCUCAGCUCCGUGCUGGCUGCAUGGUGCUGCUCCGUGUCUCUCCGUCCGCUGCUCUCUGACGCUCGGGGGUUACAGUCUUGGCCUCCAGCCGUUGCUGCGAUUUCACCUCAUUUCUCAGCGUCGCCCUGCUCUAAAAUCAUGUUUAUUUCAUGAAGAUGGCGGCGAGUGGGACACUGUAAACUAAAUGACUGUCAGAAACAUCGCCUCCAUUUGUAAUAUGGGCACCAAUGCCUCUGCUCUGGAGAAAGACAUCGGCCCAGAGCAGUUUCCAAUCAAUGAACACUACUUUGGAUUGGUCAAUUUUGGAAACACAUGUUACUGUAACUCAGUGCUCCAGGCACUCUACUUCUGCCGGCCUUUCCGGGAGAAUGUGCUGGCUUACAAGGCCCAGCAGAAGAAGAAGGAGAACCUGCUCACAUGCCUUGCGGACCUCUUUCACUCCAUUGCUACGCAGAAGAAAAAAGUGGGUGUCAUCCCACCAAAGAAGUUCAUAUCACGCCUACGGAAGGAGAAUGAUCUGUUUGACAACUACAUGCAACAGGAUGCCCAUGAAUUCCUGAACUACCUGCUGAACACGGUGGCUGACAUCCUGCAGGAGGAGAAGAAGCAGGAGAAGCAGAACGGACGCCUCAAGAACAAUGGCACCGCAGUCACCAUGGAGACCGAGGCAGAGAACAAGACGGAACCCACAUGGGUUCACGAUAUCUUCCAAGGGACACUGACCAAUGAGACACGCUGCCUCAACUGUGAAACGGUGAGCAGCAAAGAUGAGGAUUUUCUGGAUCUUUCUGUGGAUGUGGAGCAGAACACAUCAAUUACACACUGUCUCAGGGACUUCAGUAACACAGAGACUUUGUGCAGUGAGUACAAAUACUACUGUGAGACGUGCUGCAGCAAGCAGGAAGCACAGAAACGGAUGCGUGUGAAGAAGCUCCCCAUGAUUCUGGCACUGCACCUGAAGAGGUUUAAAUACAUGGAGCAGCUGCACCGCUACACCAAGCUGUCCUAUAGAGUGGUUUUCCCCCUGGAACUCCGUCUGUUCAACACAUCUGGGGAUGCGGUCAACCUCGAUCGCAUGUAUGAUCUAGUGGCUGUGGUGGUUCACUGUGGCAGUGGCCCAAACCGAGGUCAUUACAUCACAAUAGUGAAGAGUCAUGGCUUCUGGCUGCUGUUUGAUGAUGAUAUUGUGGAGAAAAUUGAUGCCCAGGCCAUUGAGGAGUUUUAUGGGCUUACCUCAGACAUCUCUAAGAACUCUGAGUCAGGAUAUAUCCUCUUCUAUCAGUCCAGGGAGUGACUGGAGCCAGAUCGCCCAUCAAGAUGAGACUGAAUAGGAUAUUUAUGGUUUUACCUUCAGGCGAACAGAUCUCAGCCCAUCCCUCCCUCCUCCUCCAUGUCAGACAUAUGUGCCAGUCCCAGUCUGAGUCUCUGGGUUUACUUGUGCCCCCCCCAAUCUGUAAUUUGCUUCUUGUCUUUUAGUCACCUGCAUCUGGACUGCACUUUAAAACAAAAGCAAAAAUGCUCAACAGGAGGACAAAUAAAGGAGUCUACAUCUAAUAGCCACGCUGAUUCUCCACCAGGAUCAAGGUGAAGUGAAGGCUUUGAUGGACAAACAAGGUGUGUCCCAAUCCAGGGGCUGUAGGGACUGCGAAGGUCAAACUGAAAUUUGAAGACCUGGUCUACAGACAUUUUCCCUUUUCGUGUCACCAGCUUGUCCCAUCCGUACCACUGUCGCCUAGCAACAGAGCUGCAGCUGGACGUGGUACAGAUCAACCUAACACUUGAAUAUUUUCAGUAAAACUCAAACUGUUCGCUAAUCCAUUGAGAUGAAGCCUGUGUGUGUUUUGAAAAACCGGUUUGUCUACAGUGCUCACUGAAUCCUGGCAAAGGUCCAGCAGCCACCUGUUGAAUUCUUAAAGGCUCGAGGAUGCAAGGAUGCAUUUGUCGGCCACUUUUAAAGGAGCCUUGAAAAAAAGGACGGCCUCAAUUGCCGCCUGCAAAGGAGACCGACCCCUUGAUUUGGACUCGGCAGACAAUUGUAAGCAGUUUUACUACAUCCUUUAUAGGUGUGUGUUUAUGUGUGUACAUAUAUAUAUGGUCCUCUUUCUUAUCAUGAUUCUUUUAAUUUCCCCAUCUCUGUCUUGUCCUUUUGAUGUGUUUAUAUCCCUGGUGGAUACAUGAGAAGUGAACACUGUAUAAUACGACUGUAUGUGAGAAUCUGAAGCAAUACAUCACCAUUAAUUGAUUCACAAGCUUAAAACUACCUGUACCGAGUAACUCUGAUUUAAUAUCGGACUAGAUAUGAUCCAAUACUUUGAUCCAGUUGAGCCACACGCCCUUAUAUCGCUACACAGGAAAGGAAAAGCUGCUGGUCCUGAUCAACAUAUUUAUUUAUGUUAUUUAUGACAAUGAUAAAUGAAGUGUUUGUGCAAAGGACACUGUGUGUAUAAUACACCGAAAUAAUCUGAAAUACUUUUUAUCAGUUUUAUUUCUUGGUUUGCAUGUUUAAGAAGUAUAAGAUUAACACAACCCACGACUGCUUAUAAUCCUUUUAAUUGACAUGAAAAGUAAAUGGCUAUUCUGCACUAAUGGCUGAACUUAUCCAAUGUGCAAUUUCCCAGUGACACUAAUCUAUAAUCUAUUUAAAUGUUAGUAGCUGAUGUGUUUUGGUUUUUAUAGACGGUUCUUUUCUCCCAGUGCUGUGUAAAUAAGUCCUAAUCAUCUCAAAAUGAAAGUCUUCCUUCACUACCUGCAAUGCACACUACCUUGCGCUGAUGUUGGCCACCAUGUUCUUUCACCAGUUUGUUUUUUUACAACCAUACACAUUAUUGUUUUUUAAAUUUCAUCCACAGCGUGUUCGUGUUCUCUUAGUUUGUUUUUGACUUUGUUGAUAAAAGUUGUGUAUCACACUACGUAGCACACUUGAAUCCUGAAUAGAGGGACGUUUUAAAGCUGCAUUCAUAAGUAAUACGAUAUAUCCCGCGUACUGUAGACGAUUAAGCCCAGGGUUUGUUGACACGCCUCAGCUCUAUAGAACAGUGUGAUUUCAAAGAACUGUUUUUUUUACAUGCGUGACAUUCCUUUUUGCUGUCCAUCAGAGGACACGUGUCAUAAGUAAUAAGGAUGAAUUGACUUUGUUGUCCAUACAAACACAGGAGAGGGUGAAAAUGAGGAUACUCUGUUUUUGUCUCUUCCAUUUAGUCUGUUACCGGGUGAAAUCACGAGGAAUACGUGCCAAACUGUGGUCAACUCUGACCUUGCAGCAGUCUAACAGAACAUUAGUUUCUUUUGUAAAGUGUAUAUUAUGUAGAAAACGUGUCUGGAAAUAUAUUUAACAAAAUAUUUUUUUAAAGUACGAGAUUUUAGCUCAACACUGACCAUUAAUGUAACCCUGUUGAGAAAUACUGUGCUGUUUUACAAUCACUUCAUUACAGAGUCAAUCACAAUUGUAUGCAGAGGUCACCGUCUGUCGUGUUACUACUUUUUACUCGGUUGAACUGAGCCAGGGAAGAAAACUGUAGCAGGAUGAGACUCUGGCGAGAAGACCAGGACUUUUCAUGUGCUGCUCUUCCAUGAACACUUAUGCACUUGCCCUCACUGAGAAGUGCUCAGUGGUUGCACUUGGUCUUACACAGACAGGUGGCUAAUGAAAGGGAAAAACCAAAAUACGUACAAGUGUCUUAUUAAGGUGUGGACCAUUAGGCGAUGCAAGAAGAGUUUUGGUGCACCUUGGCAUUUUGAGUCUGGAGGGAUGAACACCAUUCUUCCAAAAGAGAUUCCCUCACUUGGUGUUUUGGUUGUCAUGGCAAACAUCAGUCCAGAAAUCUCUUGUUAUACAUGUUGCGUAAGGUGGAAAUUUGGUGAUUGUGGAGGCCACAGCAUAACAUUCUCUUCAUUUACAAACAUUUCUCUCAUGCCUCAUUUUUCCAGGUUUUCCCUUUAAUUUGUCACCCACUUGUUUAUCUUACUGUGAUAAGAUAGUGAUCUACCUAUGUGAGCUCAGGUGCAGGACCUGAACUCGUCUGAAAGAAGGAGGAGGAGGCGACUCUUAAGUCUCUGGUGGCUGUAAUAAACUGAAAGUGCACUUUAUUAUAGUGAUGAGCGUAAAUGCUUUAAUAUGAAGAAACACAAGUCUAACACAUUCAUUUUGAGUUUGUUUGUUUUUUCUCUCCUGUUAAAUAAAAUG